UAUAAUCACAAAUAUAUUUACUUCAAUUAAAUGAAUAGACUGACAACACUUUUCUAUAAACACGGAAUAAUACCAGAAUGACGGACUUUAGCAUUGCCAAGUUUAAUAACUAUCAGGAGUAUCUGCACUCCUUCACCACCGUCGAGGACUUUCGGUACUUGCCUUUUCACAAAACCGUCACUACUCUCACGAAACUCGGUUAUCGGGAGCACCGUACUUUCUACGAAGAAGAUGAGUUCCUAAACGUAAAAAAGCAGGUGGAACAGCUCCUAAAUCCCACGGUUUCGGCACAGAUAUACUACAGUCAGUAUUUCAAGGGAUCCGAUCCUGCUCUUUGGGCUUUGGCCGAACGUGAACAUGUCAAUGUCCAGCAGGAGAUAUCGACCAUAAUCUUUCUGGAAAUAAGUGGUAGAAGCGGUUUCUCAAAAUCCGGCUAUAUCGACUUUGAGGCCAGUCUGCGUAACUACAGAUUCAAAGGACCAAAUGCAGUUGACUGGCGUGCAGUUUUCGAGGAGCAAAAGAUGCUUAGGCCCCAGCCGAGCGACAUAGUCUUCUACGACUGGAAAACCAGAAAGAUCUUUGCGAAUGAUAACGACAACUAUACAGUGGUAGCCCAUCCUGAGCAUGGUCUUAUGUUUACCCACAAGGGCGAUCACAAGAACAUUCCGGUCACCACCAAAAAGAACCCAUUUUCCAGCAACGUAAGGCGUUCUAUGAUCAGGUCGCCUCUAUAUGGUUUCAUGAUAUUAUAUGAUCACCAUGUGCGCAAGAAGACCUAAGAAAAUUCGAAUUGUUUUGAUGUUUGACUUUACAAAAAUGGAAUUUCUGGGAUAUACAACGAAGAAUACUAAUUUUUUUAUCCCAUCUAAUA